ACAGUCGUGACAGAAAGAUAACCAAACAUUAAGGAUUUUUUUAAUUUUUAAUGGAAAUAUGAUUUUAUAAUGAAAUAUCAACAACAUCUUUAGAAGAAGUACAAUGAACUCCCUCACUAGAAUUUUUUCCAAAAUAAUACUUGAUGGACCCCCUGUACCUGCUGUCCUCAGUUCCAUAAGGUUUAAACAUGUAGAAUAUCCUGCGAAUGGUGUUAAUUAUAGGAGGAAAAUACACUAUCCUGAGAAGUAUACUGUUAAACCUCUAGAUGUUACAAACCUAGCCGGAAGAGAUCCAGUUACUGGUAAAUUAGUAAUUAAGGGUCUAGGAGGAGGAAUCAAACACAAAUAUCAUUGGAUUGACUGGAAACGUGUAGGUCCUAAGGAAGGACCUCCCUUAGAAGAACGUGUUAUAAAGAUAAUGGAAGAUGGAUGUCGUUCUGCAAAUAUUGCCUUGGUUGCAUCCGGUUCGAAAAUGCGGUACAUAUUGGCUACAGAGAAUAUGAAACCUGGAGAUAUAAUAAAAACAUCUUGUCAUAUUCCAAGAAUACCAGUAAGAGCAAAUGAAGGAGAUGCUUAUCCCUUAGGAGCACUACCAGUUGGAACACAGAUACAUUGUGUUGAAAAAUACCCAGGUCUUGGAGGGUUUUUGGUGCAUGCUGCAGGAACAUUUGCUACAAUCCUCAGAAAAGCAGAUAAACGGGUUAUUAUAAUGAUGCCAAGCAAAAAAGAAUUCAGUCUACCAGAAAUAUGCAUGUGUACUGUUGGUAGGAUUGGAAAUAUACAACACUCCUCAAUACCUAUAGGUUCACCCCAAAGAUUGAGGGAAUUAGGAUUCAGGCCUAGAUCUGGUUUAUGGCAAAGGAAAAGUGGAAGGCAUGGAAGAAAAUUGAGGAGACCUCCCCCAGUGAAGGAAAUCGAAUUGAAAGAUAAGGACGAAGAAAUUAUUCAGUUGACUUAUCCUUCGAAAUUUGUUAAGACUUUAUGUGCACAAUUUCAAUAUUAAAACAAAAAUCAAUAGUUA